ACAGGUAUGAGCUACCAUGUGGGGUGUUGGAGUUUGAACCUGGGUCCCCUGGAAGGUGUUUUAAGCUUCUGUGUGUGAGACUUUGAUAUUAGUGGGGCUGUGACUUUGUGUAUCUGUCCACAUAGGGUAGUGAUUGAUUAUAUGUGGCCACAUUCUUGUCUACGUGACUUGAAUCCUCAUGGAGACUGUUUCUCUGUGAUAGGGUAACAUGGUACUGCUGUGUAUGGGACACCAACAUGACAGAUGGCUGGGCACCAUCGGCACUGAUGCAGAGUGACACCAUCCACAACUGUGCUGUCAGAGGGCAGCCAUCCUUGGGCCCCUGGACCUUUGGCUGAUUGCAUGCUGUGUCUGUAAUGCUCGGGCUGUGGCUAUCAGUAUCUGCAAUGUGCGGCUGUGUAGAGAGUGGUUUAUACAUGACAGUGGUCGCCAUAGAGGAGUAUGCCGUGGCUGUGAUGACCAAAUGUGGGCAUGUCACUCGUCACGUGUGGCUCUGUGAAAGUGUGGAACCAAAAGGUGUGUUGAUGUAACUGGUACUGUUUGAGGCUGAAUGGCCUUCUGCAGCUACAGCUGGGUGUGACUGGGGUGACGAGCGGGGAGAACCGGACUUGGGAAGGCCAGUGUGCCUCAGUGCCUGUAGGCGUGGGAGUGUGUGCGGAUGUGAUUGUGUCACUGUAUGGGUGACCGAUCUGUGUUUCUACCUGGGGUGUGUGCCUCAGGAGACACAACUGUCAUGAGGAUGACAUGUAUCAACCUUAUGCGUGUGCCUGGCCCAGCUCAUUGUACAUAGCUAAGAAAAGGCGUGGACAGUAUCAGUUGUUGGUAUGAGCGGGUGCCUCUGUGGGCUGAGACACACAUGCAUGUGGACAAAUGGCCGUAGUAGAGCUGUGCGUGCCGGUGAACACAAACAUGUGGCCAGAUGCUAGUGACUGUUGUGUCAUAGGACCUGAGGUGUAUGGCUGUUAUGAUGUCUGUGUCAUAAAGUAUGCUGAGCUGUGACCAAAUGGCUGAGAAAACUGUUGGCUGCCAGGUGUGAGUGGCUGUUUGUGUAUAAUCCUGGACAUGACACUAGAGGGCACAGCCACUCACUUCACAUCAUCCCCGGUGGACCCAGGAGACCUGAUCAGCAUUCGUCCCCAGCCCCCUGUGGGGCCUCGGGGCCCCCUGAAACCUUCAGGACGGAGUCAGACGGGGCGGGCACCAUGAACAAGUUACGGCAGAGUCUGCGGCGGAGAAAGCCAGCCUAUGUGCCUGAGGCAUCGCGCCCACACCAGUGGCAGGCAGACGAGGAUGCGGUGCGCAAGGGCACGUGCAGCUUCCCUGUGAGGUACCUGGGCCACGUGGAGGUAGAGGAGUCCCGGGGGAUGCAUGUUUGUGAAGAUGCCGUGAAGAAGUUGAAGGCGAUGGGCCGGAAGUCUGUGAAGUCUGUGCUGUGGGUGUCAGCUGAUGGGCUCCGAGUGGUGGAUGACAAGACCAAGGACCUUCUUGUAGACCAGACCAUUGAGAAGGUCUCCUUCUGCGCUCCUGACCGAAACCUGGACAAGGCUUUCUCCUACAUAUGUCGUGAUGGCACCACACGCCGCUGGAUCUGCCACUGCUUCCUGGCACUCAAGGACUCCGGUGAGAGGCUGAGCCACGCUGUGGGUUGUGCAUUUGCCGCCUGCCUGGAAAGGAAGCAGCGACGGGAGAAGGAGUGUGGAGUCACGGCUGCCUUUGACGCCAGCCGCACCAGCUUCGCCCGAGAGGGCUCCUUCCGCCUGUCGGGUGGCGGCCGGCCCGCGGAGCGCGAGGCUGGGGACAAGAAGAAAGCAGAGGCAGCCGCUGCUCCCGCGGUGGCUCCUGGCCCUGCCCAGCCUGGGCAUGUGUCCCCGACACCAGCUACCACAUCCCCUGGUGAGAAGGGGGAGGCAGGCACCCCAGUGGCCGCAGGCACCACUGCUGCUGCCAUUCCCCGGCGCCAUGCACCUCUGGAGCAGCUGGUUCGCCAGGGAUCCUUUCGUGGGUUCCCAGCACUCAGCCAGAAGAACUCCCCCUUCAAACGUCAACUGAGCCUGCGGUUGAAUGAGCUGCCGUCGACACUGCAGCGCCGUACCGACUUCCAGGUGAAGGGCACAGUGCCUGAGAUGGAGCCUCCCGGUACCGGCGACAGUGAUGGCAUCAAUGCUCUGUGCACACAGAUCAGCUCAUCGUUCGCCAGUGCUGGAGCGCCAGCCUCAGGGCCACCGUCUGCCGCAACAGGGACUUCUGCCUGGGGUGAGCCCUCUGUACCCCCUGCCGCUGCCUUCCAGCCUGGGCACAAGCGGACACCUUCAGAGGCUGAGCGGUGGUUGGAGGAAGUAUCCCAGGUAGCUAAAGCGCAGCAGCAGCAGCAGCAGCAGCAGCAGCAGCAACAGCAGCAGCAACAGCAGCAAGCAGCCUCCAUGCCACCAAUGGCCGCCAUGGCCCCCACCCUUCCACCCUUUUCUGCCCCAGUGGGGCCCUUUGACACUGCAGCUGCCCAGGUGGCCGUGUUCCUGCCACCCACACACAUGCAGCCCCCGUUUGUGCCCGCCUACCCAGGCCUGGGUUAUCCACCCAUGCCCCGGGUGCCUGUGGUGGGCAUCACACCUUCACAGAUGGUGGCCAACGCCUUCUGCUCAGCUGCCCAGCUCCAGCCCCAACCUGCCACACUGCUUGGAAAAGCCGGGGCCUUCCCCCCACCUGCUGCACCCAGUGCCCCUGGUGGCCAGGCCCGUCCACGCCCCAAUGGGGCCCCUUGGCCCCCAGAGCCAGCGCCUGCCCCAGCCCCUGAGUUGGACCCCUUUGAGGCCCAGUGGGCAGCAUUAGAAGGCAAACCCGCUGUGGAGAAGCCCGCCAACCCUUUCUCGGGUGACUUGCAGAAGACCUUCGAGAUUGAACUGUAGCCCAAGUUGCCCUGCGCCCACUCCAUCAGCCCCAGGUGCACCACACCCGGGAGGGGAGGCCCAGCCUCUCCCCUGUUGCCGCUCCCCGGGCUGCGCCCCUCACCGCUCCCUUUAAGUCCUUCUCUCCGCCACCCCUCACAAACCACUACAGAACCAAUAUUGUGAUGCCUAGGUUGCACCAAGAUGGAAUUCAGGGAUGGACCCAGCCUGGCUAAGGGAACCGUUUCACUGCCGGACUUAGGCUGGCGAUGCCCCUUCCCUGGCCCCAGACACGGAAUGCCCUCGGUUCGAGCUACUUUCCCCAGUUUCUUCCACCUUCCAGUGUUGGGCAGGAUGGAGGAGGGUUGUCCCUUAGGGGCGCUUCUGGGCCCACCUCAAGUCCGGUCAUCCCCUCCCCGCCCCAUACACACAGCACAAGCCAAGGGCUUCCCCUCUGCCCACGCUGCGUUCACUGCCAAUGCUGUGCUUGCCCAGCCCCCUCCCCCAUUCGGGGGGCCAUGUCUUCCGGAGGGCCGAGGAAUCACGGGGUGGGGCCCGAUUGGGGACCCAGGAGAGGGGGAGGGGGGAGGGAUGAAGACGCUCAGUUACCUCAUGUUGGUGCCCGCUGGGGAAGGGUCCCAGAAGAAGAGGAAGGGGUGCCUGGCGGGUACUUUUCUAUCUUUUAUUUCCAGAUUUUUUUUGUAUCUAAACUUGCAGAUUUGUAUUAUACAAGGACAGCCAAUAAAGGAAGACUAUAAUGGUG